GAGAGGAGAGGUCGGCGUCGCCAAAAGAGCGCGUUGCGAAGGGCCGGCUCCCUUCCCGGAGCUGCAGCUGAACGGCGCAGCGCGCGAGCUGUGGGGCUGCGGCCGCGGCUCAUCGAGUCAGGGCACCGCGAUGCUCACCUUUGGGUCGGGCUCGAUGUCGGACUUUCUGCUCAACUGGGUGGAGCACGUCCGCCGCCUCGGUGACGCGGCGGGGCCCUACCUCGUCGGAGCGCUCGACGGUCCCGUCGCAGACCUCUGCAAGGACAGGAGCAUCGCUUCCGCAGUUGCUCCGCCAGCCGACGGCGGCGGCGGAGGCGGAGGAGGAGGCGUGGGCGAGCACACGGCGCAGCUGAGGGAGACGAGCGGCUACUACCGCUACCGGCCGGGCACCUUCCUCGCGAUGGGCCUCGUCAAGCAGCUCUUCAUCCGCGCCGUGCUCCGAGAAGGUUACGACGUCAUGGUCUCCGACGUCGACGUGGCCUGGCUGCGCCCGCCCUGGCCACUCGUCCGCUACUCGUCCGUCCGCUCCGCCCCCGCGGAGAACGGCGCCGUCGAGCAAGAGGCGUCGCUGCUCGCGCUGGCGGACGUCGUGCUGUCGGUCGACCAGGUGCAGCAGUACCUCGAUUGCGACAAGCACCGCUGGCACGUCGACUCCGAGCUCAACACGGGCGUCGUCUUCUUCCGUGCCUCGGCGGGCGCUCUCGCGGUGCUGGACGAGUGGCUAGGAACCUUCUAGAAAUGUUCUAGGAACCUUCUAGGAACCUUCUGGGCACCUUCUAGGUGCUGGACGAGUGGCGCGCUGCGAUGAGCGAGGCGAUCCGGCAGCGCAACCCGAACCACGACCAGGUUCUGGCUGA